AUGGAAUCUGUCGGAUCGAAUCAAAUAUCUCCGUACGUAAGUAACCGUGACCAACGGUAUUUCUUGGCUCAACCGGUGGCAGAUCGGAUACUUCGAGCUCUUCGCCACCGAAUUCGUCUCCUCCACCGUCCAAAUGGCGGAACUUUUCAUGUUCUUGGUGCAACGUGUAACGUUUACACGGUGACGCUAACGGCUACACCUACUUGUACUUGUCCCGACCGUAAGAAGCCGUGCAAGCAUAUCUUGUUUGUCUUGAUCCGAGUUCUUGGCCUUCCUCUCGAUGACAAGUGUCUAAGGCAACGGAGACUCCGGCCAUGUCUUCUCUACCGCCUGCUCUCCGCCCCAACAUUGCCUGACUGCCUCGCCAGUUUCCAUCUCCAGCAACGGUUUCUUCAGCUUUUUUCGGCCGCCACUUCUCAACCUGGCGAUACUACUAACUCAUCCUCCUCCACCAGUAAAAUGGAAAAUGAGGAGGACGAAGAGCCAGCAACAUGUCCUAUAUGUCUAGACGAUAUUAACGGCAGUAAAAGUAUAAACGGCGAAAAUGGUGGAGGCGAGGAGAAGGAAGUCGCCGUGGUGAAGUGCCGAGUCUGCAAGAACAAGGUGCAUGAAGAAUGUAUGCUGGCGUGGAGGAGGAGUCGUGGACGGCGGCCAGGCAUCUGCGUGGUAUGCCGUGCACGGUGGCGAGCCAAUAGCUCUAAUAAGAGUCCUAAUGACGGUGGUGGUAAUUACGAUAACUGCCACGGUAAUUGUUACUUGAAUCUUGCUCCUUACGUUGAUGAAGAGGAGGAAGAUGGUGUUGGCACGAGCCAACGGCCAUGUUGAGGAAAUUGGAGGAUUGAUUGUUGUGAUUAUUAUUAUCAGUUUAAACAAAAUAUUGUAUAUUCAUCAACUAAAACAAAUA